UCCGUAAACAUCCCCAACGUCACUUCCGCUUGCAUUGAAAAACAUAGCAAACGCUGUAUUUAUUUCGUAUUAAGCGCUAUUCCCAUUUUAUAGUCUUGUGCGUCUCCAUCAAUAUUGAAGUGCAGAGACGUCCUUUCUAAAACUGUAUUAAUAGCCUCAGUAAUGAAGGGCCCGAGUGCAGAGACUGAGGUGAUCGAGGAAGCACCUGCUGACCCUAAUAAUGAAGAACUUCCACCUUACCUGCGUGAAGAACCACCUGAGGACUUGGAGAAAGACCACCCUAAGAAUGAAGCAGGCGUGGUGUGGAGAGUGACCGGCGGGCUGUUCAACUUCACCAAAGGAGCGGUGGGUGCCACCCUCGGAGGCGUGGCCUGGGUAGGCAGCAAGAGCUUCGAGCUGACCAAGACGGCUGUGACGAGUGUUCCUGCAGCUGGAGUGGGAUUGGUCAAAGGCGGUGUCUCCGUGGUAACGGGAGGGGUCGGGGCAGUGGGGUCUGCAGUGGCCGGUAAAGUUACACCAAAGAAAAAAGACAAGUCAGAUUAGACUGGCUGACUCGCUCCCAGCCUUUGUUCGAUUCGGUGUGUCUGUGGAUGUCUGGGUGGUGUGUUCUCACUUUCAUGGGGGUUGGAAAACAGGUGGCUGGUUCAUUUAGCCCAUGGGAAAAUUACUGUUUCGCAUUCACCAAAUACAGUCCUACCUAAGUUAACAUAAAGAAUGGCAAUACGCCAUAAACACACUUCUACCAACAUUAGAAAGCUACAAGGGCCUUGAGAUAAUUGGUCUCUCAUGCCUUUUGUUUGCUAAUUUGUUUGUCUAUUUGUGUAUUUUGACUAUUGGCUGAAAUAUUGGUUGGUAUUAUUAAUGCUUGGAAGACUCGCUUCGGGAUCAAUAUCAUAAAAUAUUCUUUAACAAAUUAAGGAAUCUGGCUCUGUCAUAAAGGGAACUCUAAUAUGCCAGCACUUUUACUUAAAAUGAAAACUUGGUGUACAUUUUUUGUGUGUAAUAUCAGUCCUUAUAUACACAUAAUUAGCCCUAAUGAGGUAUUUCUGCAUAAAACGUCCCUUAAAAAGUUCAAGCACACUUUGCAGAAUUAUUCCUUGAAUAUGCUGGUCUUGCUUCAAGCACGUCUUUGAACAAAAUAAUGUGAGAACUUGGAAGUCAGUGAAAGUAUUAUUUAAUCAAAUGAAUCAAUGUGACACUAAAAUGACCCUGGUCAUCCAAUAAUGUGUCGUUUAGACGACAUAGAUUUAGUGUCAGAAAUCGUGUCUUUUCUUUGAUACCGAUUUCAGAGUAAUAUAAACAUCUGCUGUUUUCACAGUGAGGUGUUUUAUUAUCAUCACCUUCUCAUUUACAUAAUUCCUGGUAAGUUUAGAGAUCCUCUGAAUGGCAGUUUGCACAUCAUUGACGAAGAUUACAUUAAUGGUGAGUCUCCAGUGUAAACACUCCAUUUUGUAAGACGAUGUUCAAGCCGUUGAAAUUUAAUCUGUCUCCAGGAAACCAGUGCCUGGGGUUAAGAAAAGAAAUGAUUCGCAUCUAAAAAGGAUGCGGGGAAACAGAAACUACACCACAUUGUCUUCAGUCCAUUUAAAAAGUCUCUUUAGCAAGUCUGCUUCGUUUUCUCUUUGCGAAGCAUCGCUUGUGGUUUGCUUGAGAUGAUGUUUUAAUGGCUGUACAUGUGCCUAAAUGUCUUGGGGAGUUCUAAAAGCUCACUGUGGAGUGUUUAGUGUUGCAGAACAGUGCAAAAUGACCACAGAUGUAUUUCCAGUGACCGUUUUACAGUCGUUUACAUCAUAGAACUAGCACAAAUGAAAAGUUCAUGUUUCUGGCUUUUUUCUCCCCUUUUUGCUUAAACGUUUGUCUCCUUUUUUAUUUAUGUAAAAACAACAUAUGGCAUAUUAUUAUUAUUAUUAUAUUGCUGCAAUGCAUGCUUGAAGCUCUAGUUCUUUGUACAACAUGCUGUUAAUUGUGAGUAUGUAUUUCACUUUUUUUCAUGUUUCUUUCCGUUUUUGCUAUCUACACACUUUCUGUUAGGUACCCAUGUCUUGACGAUGCUGUUACUAUAAACUGGACUUUUAAGACCAAGUAGAUUUUGUCUAUAAUAGAACUAUUUUUGCUAAAUUGAUGCUGUAUUCUACAAAUAAAGCACUCUGUAUUUUAGAAAUGCAUGAGUUCUUUGUAUUUUGUUGUUGCUGCUGUUGUUUUUUAUUUGAUUCACUUAUUUACCAUCAAAAGAAUUACUAUCCUGCAAUGAAUAGGUGGAGAUAUUUUAAUACCAUUGAUCUACUAUUCAUUUUAGCUUUAAUCAACAUUGAAUCAACACAGAUCUGGAUUAAGUGACCCCAUAAUUCAAAUCACAUGAUAAAAUCCCUUUUAUUAAGGCUGAGAGGUAAACUUUUACACGGCAUCCACUUGUAUUAAUAAGAUGAUAGCGUUUUUCAUCAUAAAAUGGGUUACAUGUUUGGUUUCUAUGAGAAAGAAAAAAUAAUAAUAGCGUCUUUAGAUUUGAUGUCAGGUGUCCGAUAUAGGCAGAACCGGGUGCUCAUAAACCUUUUCAUUGCAUACUGAAUCGGCACAAAAAUUUAUUGAGCCAGUCAGGGGUUUUAUCUUCAAAAACAAUUGCAUGGCUCAACAACAUCAUUGUUCCACAAUAUUAACCAAGGACAUUAGUGAUUUUACUAUCAAGUAGUAAAUGCACCAUAAAAGGGAAAGUUGUUUUGUGUCUUUUUAACCUCACACCAUGUCGAAACCAGGCGAAACGCAAUAAAGCGAUUAAAAACUAA